AUUUUAGAGAUCGCGUGCAUUUUAUAACUCGACGUCAAUCCCCGAUUUUUACUUAAGAGCAAUACACGCCCUCUGCCCUGUGGCUAAAUAAACCCUAAUAAAGCCCUUCCAAGCGAGUGUACUUAAAAAAUGAUGAUGGUAAAUGGCAGUCGUCGAGUCUCCGCCGGAGAAUCGGCGUUGAUUCGGUGGCUUUGCGUGGCGGUGCGUGCCAAAGUCCCUGUAGCGGAGCAACUUGGAGGAGGAAAAGACGGACUGUACCGGAGAUUGUCGGCGUUGGGACCCAAAAAAGGAACGGUAGCAAAAACAAUAAAUGAGUAUAUAAGGGAAGGAAGAUCCGUUAGUAAAUUCGAACUCGAUGGUUGCAUCCGUGAACUCCGUAAGUACAGAAGAUACGACAAUGCUCUCGAGAUAAUAGAGUGGAUGAAAGUAAGGAAAAUUAACUUUUCCCUCAGAGAUUAUGCUAUACAUUUGGAUCUAAUUGGAAAAGUUAAUGGAAUAGCUGCAGCGGAGAACUAUUUUGAGGGCCUCUUGCCUGCUGCAAAGAAUCACCGUACUUAUGGAGCACUUCUUAACAGCUAUUGUGUGGAAAAAAUGGCUGAUAAGGCAGUGGAUCUCUUCGAAAAAAUGGACGAAAUGAACAUGAUAUCCAAAGCGCUGCCUUUUAAUAAUCUUAUGUCCUUGUAUAUGAGAUCAGAGAAGCCAGAGAGGGUGCUUCUUUUGAGAGAAGAAAUGAAGAAAAGGGACAUCCAACCGGACACAUUUACUUAUAACAUAUUGAUGCACGGUUAUUCACGUUUAAAUGAUAUUGAGGGAGCAGAAAGAGUUUUUGAGGAGAUAAAACGGGAAAAUGCAAAGGUGUGUAAUUGGACAACGUAUAGUAACUUGGCAGUUCUUUAUGUCAGGGCUGGACUUCAUGAGAAAGCCGAGUUGGCUCUAAAAAUGCUAGAGGAGGAGAUGGGGCCUAGAAAUCGUGAGGCAUACCAUUUUUUGAUAAGUUUAUAUGCCGGAAUCUCUGAUCAUGGUGAUGUCUAUCGCGUUUGGAAUUCUUUGAAGUCAAAAUUCAAAGUCGUGACCAAUCUCAGUUAUCUUAUCAUGCUUCAGGCUCUUAGUAAUCUGAAUGAUGUUGAUGGGUUGAAGAAAAUCUACAAAGAAUGGGAAUCAACCUGUUCUAGUUAUGACAUUAGGUUGGCAAAUACAGCUAUUGGUGCUUAUUUGACUCAUGACAUGAUCAAUGAAGCUGAAUCUGUCCUUCGUACUGCAAUUGAUAGGUCAGAUGGACCAUUCUUCAGGAUUUAUGAAAUGUUCAUCCAUUUCUUUCUGAAAAACCAUCAAAUAGAAGAAGCUUUGAGGUGCAUGGAAGUUGCUACAUCAGGAAUCGAAAAGAAUGAAUGGCGGCCAAAGUUGGAUACCAUAAAUAAGUUUAUCGACUAUUUCAAAGAAGCUGGUGAUGUUGAUGGAUUUGAGAAAUUCUACAUAUAUAUGAAGAAGAUUAAUUGCAUUACUCACCGUUUGUACUGCUAUUUGCUUGAGACGUACAUAGCUGCUGGGAAAACGGCAUCCAAUAUUCGUGCUAGGGUUGAGGGGGAUGGAAUUGAAAUCAGCAGCCUGCUCGAAAAAUUGAUUACCUUGCUUUCCCGUGAAUAGAAGUGCAGGCCAGGGCUACCCUUUUUUGCCAGAACCUCUCUCCCCUCUGCGCCAAACACGUGCCAGGGUUUGGGAAAGGAUUUUUUGCACCCGCUUUUCAUUUCCAUUUUUAUCUGCCUUGCUGGAAGAAAAUUUCAGCUGUUUGUAUACAUCAGCAUAUAAGCAGUAUGCCCUGGGGUUUGUUCAGUCAAGUAGAGCAUUGCAAGAUUUUAUUGGGAGUUCUUGUGUCUCAGUUGCUUUCUUGGUAGAAAUGGGAGUAGUUUUCAGACUUGAGACUGGAUAUUUACCACCAAUUCACCGUGCAGAUGAGCAGCAAAUGAUGUAUAUGCAGUAUGCAUACUUGGGAUUCUGGGCUUUGCUUCCUUUCAAAAGGCACGAUGACAGAGAAUUCAUGCAUGAACAUUCAAAAGAUUUAGUGAAACCAAAUGAAGAACAGAAGUGCAACGUUUUUUCCCCCCUUAUUAAGAGUUUAGUAGACUCUUUAUCUUGUUUCAUCAUUCUGUUACAAAUUUCACCUCGUGUGGGAGAGUAGAAUGGUUGUUCUCUCAAGACCUCCAAAUUUAAGGUAGAAUUUUUAACUGCCGAGCCAAAAUAAAUUUGCAAUUCUAUUAA